ACAGUAUGUAGUAUAUAAACAUUAAAUUGAAUUGACCCCCAUUGUCACCGAUAUCCGAUCCAGCUAUUUGAGUCAGUAUCGGCCCGAUAUCCGAUCCCGUAUUGGUACAUCCCUAAUCAAAAGGUAUUUAUUUACGUAGAUUAUCAAUUGACACCUUCCACAGAGGGUUGUCUACAGUUGAGCUACGCUGACAAUCCUGAUUUAUGUUUUAACCAUUCUGCAAUUUUUACAAUUCAGUGUCUUCAAGUUAAUUCGGUACCAAUAAAUGUAUGCGUUAAUAAUACUCAGUGUUGUAGUCUGACCAGAUAACAGCCACCUGAAUGCGAAGGAUUACAGGUGACAAGACACUAAAUUACACAGGAAAGGACUCAACAUGACCUACUUGUCUUUUCAUGACUGCUGCGGGACUGUUGAAAGGUAAAUUAUAGCAAACAAAAAUGUUUUUUUGGGCCAUAGUAAUGUUCUGGCUACUGUUGGCCUAUUGCUCACAGUGCAUAUCUCAGCAGUUGUUUUCUAUAUUUGGAUUUGAAUGACAACAAAUGAGCCAAAGAGAGAUUUUGUGAAACUGACUCAAAAUUAAUUUUAAUUCUGUGUAUGUAAAACUGAAUUGAUAUUAAAUAGACAUUUUAAAACAGUUGCGUCAUGCUGAUAAGUCAUUUUACACAACAACUCUGCACACACGUCAGCAGUUUGUGUGGAACAUCUAAUCACAACCCAUUUUCAUACCAAGCUGUUGAACUGUGGCCCUGUGGCACAUCCCAUCUGAACAGGGAUUAAGGCUGAGCAUUAAUACUCACAUUGAGCCUCAUGUGCUUUUCACCCAUCCUGUCCUCAAACGUUUCUCUCUGAGCCUGGAAUACAUCGACUGUUAACAUGAGCGUCUCGGGGAUCCACCACGGUGUGCUCAGGAUGUAUGGUGGAUUUAUUUUCAAACAGUGGAAGAAGAGGUUUCUUCUCCUAACAGCAGAGGGCAGUCUCCUUGUGUGCCAUGAUGCUUCAUCUCCCCCUGACCAGCUGGUUCUGCUGCAGAACAGUUGUGAGGCAAUUGUGGAAGGCAAGGAGAUACUAGACCUGCCUAAAUUACCCUCCGGUGGAUGCAGGGAUUGCUGCUUUGCCCUGAUGCUCCCCCAGAAUAAAUACCUGCUGCUGCUGGCUGAAUCCCCUGCAGACUGCAGUCAAUGGCUGACUAUGCUGAAAAAAGUGAAAAAGAGUCUCUCAUCACCUCUCAGUCCUUGUAAGCGACAUCAGGUGCCACCACCACGCAUUACUCUCCAAGAUCUGGUGCCUGAGCAAAUCCUGGACAAAGAUCCAUUAACUCCACCUGUCAGCGACACAGAGGCUCCCUCCCCAGGCCCUAUGACUUGUGCCUCCCCGAGGGAGAAAGGCAGGAAUUCUCCCCGUACAAAGUCUUACAAAGGAGGUGCACAUUCAGCAGGGUGUCUGCGCCAUGGCACUGUCAGUAAUGCCCAAGCAGUGAGGGCGGUUUAUCUGUUGAUGGGAGGGGCUGCUGCUUCCUCUGCUAUGGGUUACCUAGGCGCAGGCCCACUCCCUAAUCUGGAAGCCAAAGCUCCUGACCUGCCACCCAACACGGAUUUCUCUGGCGUGGGACCAGCAGGAGUGUACCACACCGGCAGCCCUGCACUCGACUCCCCUCACUAUAACAGCUUUGACUUUGUAGGGGAUGACUCUGAUUUUGAUACUUUUGAUUGUGGUGGUUUUACUUUCUAAUGAUGUGCUGUUUUAAAGCUAUGGAUAUUGAUAGCUUUAAUGAUGCUGAAUUAAUAUUUCAUCAUGAUUAGUCAAAAUGACAUAGCCAUAUGAAGGCCUCCAAUUCAACAUGCUUUUUUUAGGGGAAAAAAAGUAGCUGAAAUUCAGUCAAUACUUUAAAAGCAGAGUGUAAACACAACAUUCACAGUUGGCCCCAGCUCAACAGCACCAAAAGCACAAGCCCCCUGACCGCAGUUAGGGUUACGGUGCUUGCUAGGGGUUGAAAGCCGACCCCAGUUCAUACUUGUUAAGUUCUGGUUUACAACAAUAGCUUGAACUCAAAUGCAGACACAGACUCAAUUCUUUAAAGGUGAACAAAGAUAAUUUAUUUACACAAAUAAUAAAUGUUCAAUGAACAGGGCUGGGGUUCCUGGUGGUCCGAAACAUGCAGUAACAAAGUCAAUACUUAAUAUACGGAACGGGGGGCACGGGGAGGGGUUGUCCAGAAAUCCUUCCGGAGGAACAGAUGAAUCCACAAAAAGCUCCGAGCGGUGGAAUGGCGUCGGAGAGUGAAUAGGCAGGAAUUAACUAAAGCAGGGUUCCAGGUUGAGGAGGAGCAGAGUGCAGGAGUGAGCAGGCAGGUUGGAAGCAGCCACAGCUGGCAGGUGAACAGACCUGAGCACAGGGCAAAAAACGAGGUGAGUCCAAACAAUCAAAAACAAGAGCAACAGCAAAGUCAAGAGCAAAAUACUAGGGAGCCUGAUUUAGUUUAGUACCACUGAGGGCGACGGAACAAUCUGGCGAUGACUGGCAGGAAGACCCUGGUAGAUAUACUGCAGGUGUGUGUGAUGAUUGGUUAAUUGCUGUCAGCUGCUCCAGCAGUGCCUGCCCAGGAGAAGGAGGAGGAGGAGGAGGAGGAGAAGAAGGCCACACCUCCCAACACACUGACAGACUAGACAAACCAGGGAAAAACACACAGGAGACAAAAGGGCAGGGAAACAGAGGAAACACAAGGAAAACUAGGCUGCCAAAGUGAUAUCAUGACAAUACUUGUCUUGGAACGAGCUCUGGCCGCUUGGCGUUUCGCCUCAUUUUAUUUGCGUUUUUUCAACUGUGUGUCUGCCAUUUUUGUAGCUUCCCCUUGGAUGUGUGCUUACAAUAUGGCACCUGGUCGCUACGUUUUUAUAGAGGUUGACACCCAGAAAUGUCCCGAACACAGCAAAAUAAGAAAAUACAGGCAGAGGGCUGCAGGGUCUGCAGGGUCAAGAUUGCUUGGCAUUCAAGUGGUUAAGUCGUGAGAACACUGCUGCUAAGCAACGGCAAUAUUAACUUUACUGACGGCGUCUAGAAGCAACAGAAGCUAACAAUUUAGCAAGCUAGCAAGUGGGUAACAUAAUCUAGUAAAAGCAAAGGCAUAAUGACAGAGGAAAAAGAUGAGGCUGUUGGGAAUAUCAACAUUUUCCUCAGACAUAUUAUAAAA